UUUAACAUGGCGGAUGAAGAAGAUCAAAAUGUGUCUUUAGAUCUUUUUACAGAUCACGACACUGUGUGCAAACAAAAAUACUUUACUUUACUUAAACACUGCAGGCAGAUCGAGCAGGAGAACGAGAGAUUAGUCAAUCGUAUAUACCAUGUUAAGACUCUUCUAAAGCGCUAUCGAAAACAGCGAAGCUUUCUCAAGGACAGAUUAGAUGAGUAUAAUGAUGACUAUCGAGCUGCACAGCCACCAUUUCAGGCUGAACUACUCUCAGAAAUAGUUUCAGAGGCAUUUCCAAAAUCUGCACCUUCUCCCCUCUUACCUGGUGAAUUAAUGAGUCCAGACUCACCACCUGUGAAAAAGAACAAGAAACGUGAUAACUCAAAGGACAAGGACAAAGACAAAGAUCCAAAUGCACCUAAAAAACCAGCCAAUGCUUUCUUUAUGUACUGCCAACAGCAGCGCACUGUUAUGCAAGAUGAUCAGAAGGAUCCCAAUAUAGGACACCAUGAGUUAACUAAGUCACUUGCCAAGGAAUGGAAUAACUUGGACACUGAAGAUAAAAAGGUUUACUAUGAAAUGUAUGAAAAAGAUAAAGAGAGAUAUGAAAAAGAAAUGAAAAAAUACACAUCAGACAAGGUCCCCAAAGAACCUCCUGUAAAGAAAGCAAGGACCAAAACUCCAAAACAGAAAGCGGUUGCAUCAUCAACCCCAAAGACCACAGCAGUCAUUUUGAACAAGGGUUCUCCUGAUCAGAGAAGCUCAGUGGAAUCACCAACUCUAAACAACCCACUGUCUCCACAAAGCCUUGCCUCCAUGCAGCUAAAUAUUCCACACAUUCCAAUGCCGCAGCUUCUUUCCCUCACGGGAGAAGAUGGUGGUUUUGACAACUAUCAAGAGAUGCACUCUUCUCCUCAAGAUUCAUUUCUUUAGUUUCUGUAGUGUGUUUCCCAGUUUCUUGCCAUUUUAAAUAAGUGUCCUCGAUAUAAUUUUUUGUUGGUACUUAAAAAAUUUCUGAAUUUUUUUACCCUAAGAUGAUUCAUGUAAUUACCUUUUUUUCUCUUUCCCUACCAAACAGGCUAUUUUUCUUAAUUUGGUAGCUAGGAGUUGCAGCUAAAAGAAUACAUAUUUUCAGCUGAACUUUUAUGAGUUCAAAUGAUAUUUGUUGUUACUCUCUAGUUUGUUUACUAAAAGCUCAUCAAAACUAUCAAUCCAUGGGUGAAAUAUGUGAUCUGUAUUUCAUUGCACUCAAAACUAUCAAUCCAUGGGUGAAAUAUGUGAUUUGUAUUUCAUUGCACUUUGCUGUGUGGGAAAUAAGUAGCAGAAUUUUUUUGGCUGGAAACUAGGCAAUUUGUAUUGUACAUACCACAAGUAGAGUGAAACUCCAUCUAACUCAAAUUUGUUUCUUAGGUGAAAUAGUGAAAAAGAAAGCUUUACCUAUCAUGAGUUUCAAACAUGAAAUACUUGACAAGCAUGACAAGCAAAACACAAGUGCAUACAAUGGGGUAUCUUGUUCAGAUUUCAGUGAAUUGAUAGAAUGUUCCAGCAAGAAAUGGUGGGAGAAUAGGUGACAUUAAAAGGAGCAUAAAGAAAAAUGUCAUUAGCAAAGACUGCUUUCUAUGGUUUCAGAGCCAAAGAGUAUAUUUAAACUUCAAAUUUACAUUGAGCUCUGUAUACCCAACAUUAUGUUUGGGCAAAUGAACUAGUAUAUGUAAAAAAAAUAAAUGUA